CGGAGCGGCGCGCGCGCCGCGGUCAGCUGACCGCUCCGGCUGGCACGUGACUCGCUCCUGGGGCGCUGGGGUCCUGGAAGCCGUGAGGCCCGAGCUUAGGUCCGGGAGGGAUGGAGCGCUGAGCCCUUAACGUCUGCCAGGCUUGUCCGCCUCCGCACCUGUUCCUGCCGCCACUUCCUCGUUGGACACCUGCCUGGAGUCUCUGUUGAUUUUGGAAGAAGUACCUGGUAACAAACAUGACUGAGUUCUGGCUUAUUUCGGCUCCUGGGGAGAAAACAUGUCAACAAACAUGGGAAAAAUUGCAUGCAGCAACUACAAAGAACAAUAAUCUUGCUGUUAGUUCAAAGUUCAACAUUCCUGACUUAAAGGUUGGCACACUGGAUGUCUUGGUUGGUUUGUCGGAUGAACUGGCUAAACUGGAUGCAUUUGUAGAAGGGGUGGUUAAGAAAGUGGCCCAAUAUAUGGCUGACGUAUUGGAGGAUAGUAAAGAUAAAGUUCAGGAGAACCUGCUGGCAAAUGGAGUUGACUUGGUUACUUAUAUAACAAGAUUUCAGUGGGACAUGGCUAAAUAUCCAAUCAAGCAGUCUCUGAAAAAUAUUUCUGAAAUAAUUGCCAAGGGAGUGACUCAGAUCGACAAUGACCUGAAAUCUCGAGCAUCUGCAUAUAAUAACCUGAAAGGGAAUCUUCAGAAUUUGGAACGAAAGAAUGCAGGAAGUUUGCUAACUAGAAGUCUCUCAGAAAUUGUGAAGAAGGAUGACUUUGUUCUUGAUUCAGAGUAUCUCAUCACGUUACUAGUUGUAGUUCCCAAGUUAAACCACAAUGACUGGAUGAAGCAGUAUGAAACACUAGCCGAGAUGGUCGUUCCCAGGUCUAGCAACGUGCUCUCAGAGGACCAGGACAGCUACCUGUGUAACGUCACCUUGUUUAGGAAGGCCGUUGAUGACUUCAGACACAAAGCCAGGGAAAACAAAUUCAUUGUUCGUGAUUUCCAGUAUAAUGAAGAGGAGAUGAAAGCAGAUAAAGAAGAGAUGAACAGGCUUUCUACUGACAAGAAGAAGCAAUUUGGACCACUUGUGCGGUGGCUGAAAGUGAAUUUCAGUGAAGCAUUUAUUGCGUGGAUUCAUGUGAAAGCAUUGAGGGUUUUUGUAGAGUCUGUUUUAAGGUAUGGCUUGCCAGUGAACUUUCAAGCAAUGCUACUUCAGCCCAAUAAGAAAACAAUGAAGAAACUAAGAGAAGUAUUAUAUGAAUUGUAUAAACAUCUAGAUAGCAGUGCAGCAGCUAUCAUUGAUGCGCCUAUGGAUAUCCCCGGCUUAAACCUGAGCCAGCAGGAAUACUACCCCUAUGUCUAUUACAAGAUCGACUGCAACUUGCUGGAAUUCAAGUGAACAGAGCUCCUCCCACAGCCCUUCCUUGUGUGGGUGUAUGCUCACAGGAAUAGGCUGAAGGAUGGCAAUGCUUUUAACCCUAUCACCCUGGCUUGCUUCUGACCCCUCUUCCUAGGUGAAUUCUCCCAUCGUGGUCCAUUUCCAAACAUUUUCUUUGAAAAGAAAAAUGUAUGUCUUGUUUCUUUUUAUUGAUCAGGUCUGUAAAUGUGUACUGAAAAAAUCAGAGUCUAUUUAUAAAUAGAAUAGUUUAUUUAAAGAGGUCUUUCCUCAUCCAUGUUGUGAUAUGCGUAAUUCCAUUUGUUACUGUUGUGCACAAAAGCCUUGUUUACAAGGGAAUGGUGUAAACAUUUAUACCAUUUUGCUCACUAUAUUUAGUAGACAUAACUGUUAAAUAGUUACUGAAUCGUGAUGUAAAGAAAUGUGACAAUAUUCAGGUAUGUGCUUUCUCAAUGUUUCAAAUGAAAUCUCUGAGCUUUGUUGACAUCCACAGGAGAGAAUAAAAUGACCUGUGCAAAGGUG